AGAAGGUAAAGUAAUUAUAGAUAACACAGAAACAAACAUGAUAUCAUUAAGAAAAACAAUUUAUUUAACGAUACAUUCGUCAUUGGAUUAUGAGGAAUGUGCUCAUAAAUUAAUGAAAAUGCAAUUGAAACCUGGUCAAGAAAUAGAAAUGUGUCAUAUGUUUUUGGAUUGUUGUGGUGAACAAAGAACCUAUGAAAAGUUUUUCGGCCUUUUGGCACAAAGAUUUUGCCAAAUAAAUAAUGUGUUUAUAGAACCAUUGGAAAAAAUUUUUAUUGACAGUUAUGCAACUGUUCACCGUUUAGAGACAAACAAAUUACGAAAUGUUGCAAGAUUCUUUGCACAUUUAUUGUUUACAGACUCUAUAUCAUGGGUUGUUUUAUCUACAAUACAUCUAAAUGAAGAAGAAACAACUUCUUCUAGUAGAAUUUAUAUUAAAAUUCUAUUCCAAGAAUUAGCUGAACAUAUGGGACUUAAUAAAUUAAAUGCUCGAGUUCAAAAUCCGUAAGU